AUGCCUUCGUCCUCACCUGACACAAUCACUGAGCCUGAUGAGCCUGGUCCACCUUUACUCUUAUCCCCACCGGCUGAACACGCCCCCGGUUCACCCGCCACCAAUCCACAUGCACCCACACCUGAACCACCACCUCUCUGCCGAUCUGAACACAUCUCUGUGCCUUCCGUUCGCUUACGUGACUACAUCUGCAAUCAGGUUAUGUUGCCCAUCCCUGAUCACUCGUCUUCUUUACUGCCGGGUCCUACUAAAGGUUUUACUCAACUGGAAGGUGUUGAUUAUCAUGAUACUUUUUCUCCUACUGCCAAAAUGCUCACUGUCCGCUGCCUUCUUGCUCUUGCUGCCGCCUGUAAUUGGCCCCUUCAUCAGCUUGAUGUCAACAAUGCUUUUCUUCAUGGUGAUCUCCAUGAGGAAAUCUACAUGCUCCCUCCACCUGGUCUGCAGCGACAGGGGGAGAACUUGGUAUGUCGCCUUCAUAAAUCUCUUUAUGGUUUAAAGCAAGCUUCUCGUCAAUGGUUUGCUAAGUUUUCUCAGACAAUUUGUUCUACUGGUUACAUUCAGUCUAAAGCUGACUAUUCAUUAUUUACACGCCAUAAGGGGCACUCUUUCACAUCAUUAUUGAUUUAUGUUGAUGACAUUGUUAUAGCUAUCUUGGCACUCAAGGCUUUUUUGCACCGUCAUUUUCGUAUUAAAGAUCUUGGAGAUUUGAAAUACUUUUUGGGGAUUGAGGUAUCAAGAUCAAAACAAGGCAUUUUCUUAUCUCAAUGCAAGUAUGCAUUGGAAAUUUUGAAGGAUGCAAAACUCCUAGGUGCCGCACCUGUUGAUUUUCCUAUGGAAAAAGGUCUUAAGCUCUCGGAUAAGGGUGAAUUACUUAAAGAUCUAGCUCAUUAUAGAAGACUCGUUGGUUGCUUAAUUUAUUUGACCAUCACAAGGCCAGAUAUUACUUACUCUGUUCAUGUCUUAAGCAGGUUUAUGCAUGCCCCACGUAAACCUCACAUGGAGGCCGCACUCCGCAUUCUUCAUUAUUUGAAAAAAUCGCCAGGUCAAGGCAUAUUAUUGUCUUCUCAGAAUGACUUGACUUUGCGUGCCUUUUGUGAUUCUGAUUCUGCAGGUUGUCCUAAUACUAGAAGGUCUACUACAGGCAAUUGUGUGUUUUCGGGAUCUUCUUUAAUUUCAUGGAAAUCGAAGCGACAAAAAACUGAUUUGCGCAUCCUUCAUCGCCAAUCUGCUUUGUUGUAUUGUGACAACAAGGCAGCUUUACAUAUUGAUGCUAAUCCAGUAUUUCAUGAGAGAACAAGACAUAUUGAGAUGGAUUGUCAUUUUAUUCGAGAUAAGAUUCAGGAAGGUUUGAUUGCUACACAACAAGUGAGUUCGUCCUCUCAGUUAGCCGAUAUUCUUACUAAGGCGUUGGGACGAGAAGAAUUCAACAAUCUUGUUCGCAAGUUGAGAGUUCUUGAUAUCCACUCUUCAACUUGA